GGGUGGGUGGGUUGUGGCUGCUCUGCCUGAAACUUCUGAGUAACAUCAACAGGGGGGCCAGCGGCGGCAGCAGCCGUGCAGCCCUGUCCGCCUUCUCCUCAUAAACCAGCCCGUGCAGGGCUCGAGCGGGCCCCUCACACAAAGGCGAGCAGGGCAGCUCCCUGGAGGGGAGGGCAGGGGGGUGGUGGCGGAGAGGCGCUCCUCCCUGUGCAGAGCACUCACAGCUCCUACUGCCCGCCCGUCCCCCGUGUCUGCCCCCCGCCCCCUGUCCAUGUAGCCGCCGGCCCCGCUGCUGCUCCGCACUAUGCCCAUCUUACUCUUCCUGAUAGACACGUCCGCCUCCAUGAACCAGCGCACCCAUCUGGGCACCACCUAUCUGGACAUAGCCAAAGGCGCUGUAGAGACUUUCAUGAAGCUCCGCGCCCGGGACCCCGCCAGCAGAGGAGACAGGUACAUGCUGGUCACUUUCGAGGAGCCUCCCCACGCGAUCAAGGCUGGCUGGAAAGAAAACCAUGCAACCUUUAUGAAUGAAUUGAAAAACCUUCAAGCUGAAGGACUUACGACUCUUGGCCAGUCUCUAAGGACAGCUUUUGAUUUAUUAAACUUAAAUAGAUUAGUAACUGGCAUAGACAACUAUGGGCAGGGAAGAAACCCUUUUUUUCUGGAGCCAGCAAUAAUUAUAACAGUUACUGAUGGGAGUAAAUUAACUACCACAAGUGGGAUACAGGAUGAGCUCCAUUUACCUCUCAAUUCUCCUUUACCUGGAAGUGAAUUGACUAAGGAACCUUUUCGUUGGGAUCAGAGACUGUUUGCUUUAGUUCUGCGUUUGCCUGGCAUCACAACUCCAGAAUCAGAGCAGAUAGCAGGUGUGCCUGUUGAUGACUCAGCAAUUACACCUAUGUGUGAAGUCACAGGAGGUCGCUCAUAUUGUGUGUGUUCUCCAAAAAUGCUGAAUCAGUGUCUUGAGUCAUUGGUUCAAAAAGUGCAAAGUGGAGUAGUAAUAAAUUUUGAAAAAUCUGGACCAGAUCCUUCACCGAUUGAAGAUGGACAGAUGGAUAUAGCUAGGUCUUUUGGACCCCAACCUUGGCACAGCUGUCACAAACUUAUCUAUGUCAGACCAAACCCUAAAACUGGAGUUCCCAUAGGCCAUUGGCCUGUUCCGGAAUCCUUUUGGCCAGAUCAAAAUUCUCCAACAUUGCCACCUCGCACAUCUCACCCUGUAGUGAAGUUCUCCUGCACUGACUGUGAACCAAUGGUCAUUGACAAACUGCCUUUUGAUAAAUAUGAGUUAGAACCUUCACCGCUGACCCAGUUUAUCCUGGAAAGGAAAUCUCCUCAGACGUGUUGGCAGGUGUAUGUGAGCAAUAGUGCAAAAUAUAGUGAACUUGGCCAUCCUUUUGGUUACUUGAAAGCCAGUACAGCACUGAAUUGUGUGAACCUGUUUGUGAUGCCUUACAAUUAUCCAGUCCUCCUUCCCCUCUUAGAUGACUUAUUCAAAGUACACAAAGCAAAGCCAACCUUAAAAUGGCGGCAGUCAUUUGAAAGCUAUUUGAAGACAAUGCCUCCUUACUAUCUAGGGCCUUUGAAGAAAGCUGUGAGAAUGAUGGGAGCGCCUAACCUUAUAGCAGACAGUGUGGAAUAUGGACUUAGUUACAGUGUCAUUUCAUACCUCAAAAAGUUGAGUCAACAGGCCAAAAUAGAGUCCGAUAGAGUCAUUGGCUCUGUAGGCAAAAAGGUAGCGCAAGAGACUGGAAUUAAGGUCAGAAGCAGAUCACACAACCUGUCUAUGGCACAUAGGAACGAUUUUCAACAACUGCUACAGGGGAUUACUGGGGAAAUUCCUCAUAGACUUCUAGACCUCAAUAUGAAGGAGUAUGCUGGGUUCCAAAUAGCUUUGCUGAAUAAGGAAUUGAAACCUCAGACAUUUAGAAAUGCUUAUGAUAUACCCCGAAGGAAUCUUUUGGAUCACUUAACAAGAAUGAGGUCUAAUCUUAUGAAGAUAACUCGCAAGUUUCUCAAAGGACAAGAUGAAGAUCAAGUUCACAGUGUGCCAAUAGCACAAAUGGGAAAUUAUCAGGAGUACCUAAAGCAGAUACCAUCUCCUCUUCGAGAGCUUGACCCUGAUCAACCCCGAAGGCUACAUACAUUUGGUAAUCCAUUUAAAUUGGACAAGAAGGGAAUGAUGAUAGAUGAAGCAGAUGAAUUUGUAUCAGGGCCUCAAAAUAAGCACAAACGACCUGGAGAACCAAAUAUGCAAGGGAUUCCUAAAAGACGUCGGUGUAUGUCACCCCUUCUUAGAGGCCGGCCACAGACUCCUCCUGUCAUGAACAAUCAUAUUGGAGGAAAAGGACCACCUACACCUGUAAUGCAAGCACAGCCAGAUCUUGUUAAACCUAUUCCUAUUCUCAAAACUUCAGAAACCAAUAACGAGAUUGCAGCGGAUGAUGUGAUUGAGAAUCAUGUUGCAGAUCCACUUUCAUCAGAUGUUUUUCCAAAUGCUAUGGAUUCUGAAUUUUCAGUGUCCUCUUCUCCAUUCAAUUCAUUGGACGGACCAACAACUCAUUCAGAGCAUUUAGGCCAUGAACAUUUAGGAACUAAUAACCUUAGCAUUGAUGAAUUUAUGAAAAAUCAUGAAGAGUCAGGUGGUAAAGAGCGAAGUACUCAAGAAAACUUGCCAGCAUCUUCGCCCAACAAAGGGAAAAAAGUGAUACAUUCCAGAAGUGCGAGAGAGGUUAAUAUAGAACUAAAAGCACAAAUUAUGAAGGAGAUUAGAAAGCCAGGAAGAAAAUAUGAAAGAAUCUUCUUUUUACUGAAGCAUGUUCAAGGCAGUUUACAAACACGACUAAUAUUUUUACAGAAUGUUAUUAAAGAAGCCUCAAGGUUUAAAAAACGAAUGCUGAUAGAACAGCUUGAGGGUUUUCUGGAAGAAAUCCAUCGCAGAUCCAACCAAGUUAACCAUAUCAACAGCAGCUAAGAGACGUUUUACACAUCGAAAAGCCACAGUAGGGCACGGCUGUAUUACCUGCAUUCAUUUUUGACAUGCACUCUUGGCUCAAGUACCCUAUCUGAAAGACUAAAAGCUGCCCUCUAGUAUGAUGGAAAAAGUAUAUGUAAUCUUUUUCUUCAUUUGUUAUUUUUGUAAUGUGAAAAAUGUCACUAAAAGCAUUUUUAUUUAACAAACUAAGAACAGAGAAUUUCUUGCUUGUCAUUGACGUAAAUGUCACUUUCCCUCAGGUUCUAUUUUCUUAACCCAACCUUCAAAACUAUCAUCUCUGUUAAGGUUGAACUUUGCCAAAAAAAAAAAAAAGGUAAAAAAGUUGCUUUGUAAUUUCAAGAAAAGCACAUACAUUAAACAAGGUAAUGUUUUGUAUAUACAGUUAUUUUGGAUAUAUUAUUGUAAGUUGUACAAAUGUAUUUUGAAAAAUAUUUAAAAAAAGCACUUUUGUUAUUCCAUCAAUAAAAAGCCCUCUAUUUUAAUCUUUGGUGGUUAGGAAUGAGUACAGUUUUCACUGAAGUGGCUCAUUUCUCUCCUCCCCUUUUUAGAUUUACAGUUUUAUUGUCAGUUUUGAGGAACCAGCUACAAUUUUAAGCCUCAUUGGAAAUGCUGACUCCUUGGUUCUCAGAAUAAGAUAUAAAUUAUGAAAAGAAACUAAGAAAGCUGCCAUUUGGCCACAUAGUUAUGGUGAUAAGUUGGCAUAGCAUCAUGUAUUCUAAGUCUUAUUUUUACUGAACAGCGUCACAGAUCUCAUGUACUGUAUUCACACCAGAGAAAUGGCAAAAUGUGGGAUUAUUUAAUUUUUCUUUGAGAUUUAACCAUCCUUCCAGUUAUGCCAACCUUAUCCUUUGCUCCUUAACGAGGCUGCUUGUGUACCUAACCCUCUCUCCCUUCCCAGGCCCUGCACUGUAAAGUAAAAGAGAAUUUUUUUGCUGUAAAGUCUGCAUUGGAAGUAAUGUAUGUGGUGGUACUGAUUCAGUUUAGGUGAGUAGAGACACUCAGACUAUGUCUACUACAAGUGAAGGUGUGAGUGUAGCACAGGUAUGCUUACCUGUGCUGUUAGCUUUAAUUUAGCUCAACCAGGUGACAACAGUAGUGUAGACGUGGUGGCUCAGAUUAGCAACUCAGGUACAUAGAGUCCCCAGUGGGCUUGUACUCUGGUGUCUUGGUGCCAAAUCCUUAACAGCCUGUCUCUCAGCUGGAUUAUUUCUUGGAUGCACUUCAGGCUGCUUGUUUACCUCAGCACUUCAGCUUGAUAAUGUAACUGAUUCUGGAACCUAAUUCAGUUUUUAAUUUUUUGUUUAAAAUUUUAAUUUCAGGAGCAGAAAAUAAACCACCACUUGAAAAAUA